GGCGUCAAUUGUUCCAUUCUGUCUGGAUUGUUAGUGUCAAGUUUAGGUAGAGGGUGUCAGCCUCAGCCAUAUUUACGUCUUUUAGCUUAACCUUUGCCUUGGCCCCUACGGGCUGCGCAGCUGGUCCUAGUGCCCACCUUCUGCUGUUGGUUUUUUUUUUUCCCGGUAGUCUGUUGAACAGGCAUGCCCAAAUGGACCUCCGGGCCUUUGCUUUGAAAGGAUUCCUAGAAUCGGGUGCAGGGCACACGAGCAGCAGUCCAGAGGCGCCCCUUGUAUGAAUUCUUGUGACACAUCUGACAAGAAUUGACUCGAGUCUCCUUUGUCAGAUAGAAGGACGCUGAGAUGGUGGAUUUUCGUCAAAGAUGUUGCUUUGUGUUUGCAGUGGCAAAAUCCUGCUGUAGCUCAUACUUGACCCUCCUAACCUUGUUUUUGAACGCUGACUCAGACCUGCUGACUAGUGGAAGUUCACAUCCUCUGAGAAUUACAGUCACCCUCUGCCCUGUGUUUGGACAAAGACCUUUGUCCUAAGGUCACAACUGAGUUUUGCAUAUCCCUUUGGGCUGCAAGUUACUUUGGGGAUUUAGAACUUGCGCUGUUUCUUACAGCAGAAAAGUUUGACCCUUGGGUGAAAGUUGACUUUGCUCCCUUACCUGGUGGUGCCUCAUACAGCAGACUAGGGCAGUUACAGUAAAUAGAUUUUGUAGUAAAUUACAAAGGAUUAUCAUUUCUGCAGAGUUAAGCAGAAACCAGUUUAGCAGGGUUUGGUCAUGUUCAGAGUAUAGUAAUCAAACAUGGCAUGUUUUAAAUUUUUGAAGAAACAUUUGGGGAGGGGAGCGGCUCUGAUGUGCCGCUGUGCCCUGGUGGAGCUCAGAGGACUCUCCAGAGUCAGUCUUUGUUCCAUUGUGAGUUACUGGGAUUGAACUCCGGUCACCAGGCUUGGCAGCAAGCGCCUUUGCCUGAUGAGCCUGCUCCCCAUUUUCUCAACUCCUAACAGGACGCUGCUGUUGUCUUUCCUUCUGUUGCUGCCUUAAGUCCCUGGGCCUGCACUGCAGAGAUGACUGUUAAAGGCUGGACUCACAACCUAGUCAUACCACCCUCCACCCUCAUGGGUGGGGUGCCGAUUACAGGAAGUCAGUCUGAAGUCUGGGAUGUUUUCAAAACAUUACUUCUUGCCAGGCUUGGUUGUGCUCCCCUUUAAUCCUAGCACUCGAAAAAUAAACAAAAAUUACUUUUUUCUGUAUAGAACUUUUAAUAUUUAAUAAUAUAAAUGUUCAACAAUAUUCCUAAGAUUCCUUAUGAUAGUUUGAAAAGAGGUCCAUUAGUAACUGACUUGUAGUCCAGGCUGGCCUUGAACUCAGAGAUGACCUGCCUCUGCCUCCCAAGUGCUGGGAUUAAAGGUGUGCAUCACACCAGGCCAAAUGGAGCAAUUUUAAUUUACAGAAUUUUGUUAAGCAACAAAAGGACCAGUUCUAUAAAAACAAAAACUAAAUGUGGCCUUUGUUUUGCGGUGUUGAGAGGAUUGAACACACAGUAGGAAAUGCAGCUGUCAAUACUGACUCCAGAAGAGAGAAGGUUAACAAUGGAGGACGUUGGGAAGGUUACCAGACAGCUGUCGUCAGUGCCAGACUCGGUCGACAUCACAGGUUAAAACGUUUCCCCAGAGAAGAAAGACCGUAAGCACCAUGAUGGACUCAGAAGCGCAUGAUAAGAGGCCCCCAAUGUUGACCUCUUCAAACCAGGAUCUGUCUCCUCACAUUGCAGACGUGGGUGAGAUAAAGCAUUACUUCUGUGGCUGCUGCGCAGCGUUCAACAACGUGGCCAUCACAUACCCCGUUCAGAAGAUUCUCUUUCGGCAGCAGCUGUACGGCCUCAAAACCCGGGAUGCGAUACUCCAGCUGAGGAGGGAUGGGUUUCGAAACUUGUAUCGUGGGAUCCUCCCCCCACUGAUGCAGAAGACAACCACGCUGGCACUUAUGUUUGGUCUGUACGAGGACCUGUCACGCCUGCUCCGCAAGCACGUGAGCAGUGCUCCCGAGUUUGCCACCAGAAGUCUGGCGGCGCUGCUUGCCGGGACAACAGAAGCCAUUCUCACUCCGUUCGAAAGGGUUCAGACUUUGCUUCAGGACCACAAGCAUCACGAUAAGUUCACAAACACUUACCAGGCCUUCCGGGCCCUGAAAUGCCACGGAAUUGCAGAGUAUUACCGAGGCUUUGUGCCUAUCCUUUUCCGAAAUGGAUUCAGCAAUAUCCUUUUUUUUGGCCUUCGAGGGCCCAUUAAGGAGCAUCUGCCUACUGCCACCACAAAUAGUGAGCAUUUGGUCAACGACUUUAUCUGUGGAGGUGUGCUGGGGGCCAUGCUGGGCUUCCUGAGCUUCCCGAUUAAUGUUGUGAAGGCUCGGAUCCAGUCUCAGAUUGGCGGGCCCUUCCAGUCUUUCCCCAUGGUUUUCAAGACAAUUUGGCUCGAGCGGGACAGGAAGCUGAUCAAUCUCUUCAGAGGCGCCCAUCUCAAUUACCAUCGCUCUCUCAUCUCCUGGGGAAUAAUCAAUGCCACCUACGAGUUUUUGUUAAAGAUUGUAUGAUACGGUCACUACAGGAAAUGUUAUUCUCCACCAACUAGACCUAAAGAGAGUGUGAUUUGUCUUUGUUCCUAAUUGGCUUAAAUACCGAUUGGCGUAAGUCCAGGCCAUAAUAAGUUAAGGACAAAGCAUUGACAGAAACAUAAAAGGUUUCGGUGGGCAUAUGUCAGGGUUUUGGUUUGAUCAUUACUCAAGAGCUUUAGGCUGUUACCUGGUAACUAGCCAUGUGUCUGAUGACCUUUUCAGGGCAGCUGUCAGCCAGAUAGAUUCCUUUUCCUCCCGGAAGCAAGCCUUGCUAGGCCUUCGGUGUGGAAACAGUGGCAUCAGCAACCAGCGCGUGCGCUCCGUCCUAGGGCUUCUCAGGCCCACCUCUCAUCUCCUUCAUUGCUUCUCCACCCUCGGGGGUCAUCUUCACUAAACCCCAGCAUUGCACGGUGGGCGAGCAUCUUAGCUGUGUAGUUCCAUGAUGAAUUGUUGGAUUUGAGACUAAGUGCUGUUGAGAUGGCCAUUAGCCACACUUUUUAUUUAGAUUUGGUAGGAUUACGCAGCCAAUGGAAAGCUUCCAUUUCACUGUUUAGCUUUGAACAUUUUCUGUUUAAUUCAGAAUGUGACUUUUAAGCCCUUCUAGAAUGUUCUUGUGCUUUUUUACUGAAUUCAUUGCCAAAAGAUAGGGUGACCAGUGGGGACAUUGUCCCUUGUGAGUAGUACCUGUAGUGUUCGUCUAUCCUGUUCUCUGGUAGUAGACUUUAAAAUAAACACUUCCAUAAAGUUUUA